AUACAUCUUGUCCAUGAUACGCUUCUGUCGACGUAGUUGUCACAACAUCUGGGCGAAGAACUUACCGAAGCAAGCCGAAUCUGGGACACUUCGCAAUCAUCAAAACCCGCUGGCUCCCGUCAUUCAGUGGAUGGCUAAAAUAAUCCACGGUCUCUAGGGCAGCUCGGUCAAUCGCCAGAAAUUACCGCCAGGAUGCAACGUUUCGCCUCCUCUCCGUCCACCUCGGCGUCCUCCUCGGGGGUCUCGGUCUCCGCCGAGGCCACGGAGGAGGAGCCUGCUCAUAAAUGGGCGUGCCCGACGUGCACCUACGACAACUGGGACUCAUCCCAACGGUGCACGAUGUGUCGCUCCGCCAAGUCCUCUCUGAGUCGGAUCCCCAUUCAUGGGCCCACUCAUGGGGAUGAAGCUCGAUCUUCUAGUCCUCUUCUCUCUACAAUCGAGCAGCACCCGCACAUCAUCUGUGAUCCCAACAAGCACGUGUCCGCCAAAUGGGCCUGCCACAUGUGCACCUAUCUCAACUGGCCCAGUUCGGGCAAGUGCGUCCAGUGCCUUACUCUCCGGAAGCGGGUUUCACCAGCCAAUUCCGUGGGAGCCAUCGCGGCUGCCGUCAGUGCCGCCGCUACCACCGCUCAUGUUUCCCCUCGGUCCUCACCGCCUAGUUCGCUCCUGGGCGGGUGUCCGAUCCCGGCUAUUCCGUCGACCUCGGGUCUGGGUGGGGCGUUCGAGAACCAACUCCGCAUCAAGUCCAACGAUUCCAACAACGAGAGAAACAAGCGGAUCCUCACUCCUUCGUCGAGCUCGGCGUACUCGAACAACCAACACAAUCUUCUAGCUCAGAGCCCACCGCCCCAGGGGUGCGCUCCCACCUCGCCCUGUUUGAGCAAUUCGUCCCGCAUCAAGUGGUCGUGCUCUGUGUGUACUUACGAGAACUGGUCGCGCUCACGGGCUUGCGUCAUCUGCGGCUCCAAGCAGCCGCCUUAUCAUACCCAACUUCAGAUGUCUUCCAAUCGUGACACGCCUUCGCCACCGGCUGCGGCCGCCCUUUCCAACACUCUAGAGCAUUCGGAUCACGUUCAACUGACGCAUCAGCAACAACAGCAAUUGAGGUCCUUAUCACCAUGUAUUGAAGCCUCGUCCACGGACAAUAAGAGCAAUAACUACGACUACGAGCGGCGAAUUCGGCAAUUACGACGCCGCAUGCGAGAGGCGGAUUGGUCUUGGUUGACUGCCUGCAUGGGUGUGGUAGAGGGCGACGCCAACCCUGUCGAAGCUUAUAUCAAUGGAGGCGGGGAUCCUACCCGGAAGCUAUGCAAGCCGGAGGUGGUGUUAUUGAACCGACCCUCGGUCUAUGAAACGGGUCAUACGCUCAUUCACUUGGCCAUCAGAUUCCAUCGAGAGCACAUUCUGGCCAAGUUACUGGCCAAAAUCGAAGGCGUCGGUUCCCGGGAGGAUAUCAAAUGUGUUCCCUCUUACGUGGCUCCGGAUUUGGCCUCGGUCAUUCGUCGCCACAUUGCCCAGAAUCUCCGACAAAGGAAAGGCCAUUUCAAUUGCCAUUACAUUGCCGAAUGGGCCUCGUACACUCUCCCGCCAGAAAUCGACGAUCUGCCUCCAGCCACCCAAGAACAGCUUUACUCAGAACUCUUGGAUCGAGAUGCUCAGAAAGAGCUCGAAGAGGAAAGCUACAUUAUUAAUUGGAGUGACGAGGUUCGAACCCGACUCCAUUCCAGGCUGUAUUCGUUGUGGAAUCGAUCGGCAGGCGAUUGUCUUCUGGAUUCCGUUUUGCAAGCCACUUGGGGCGUAUUCGAUCGAGACAAUGUCCUCAGAAAGGCCAUGAGUGAUAGUCUGCAUCAAGCUGGACACAUAUUCUACUCUCGUUGGCGUGAAUGGGAGAUCCAGCAAGCUUUGGAACUGGACUUCUCCCUCCAUGAAUCCCAAUUGACCGACGAUUGGGCCGGACUUCUGAGUCAGGCCUCGCAGCCCGGGGCCUCAUUGGAACAAAUCCAUGUGUUCUGCUUGGCUCACGUCCUCCGGAGACCCAUCAUUGUUUACGGGGUGAAAUACGUAAAGAGCUGGAAAGGAGAGAACCUCGGUUAUGCCAGAUUCGAAGGCGUGUAUCUGCCCCUCUUGUGGGAGGCUUCGUUCUGCUCACGAUCGCCCAUUGCUUUGGGUUACACUCGCGGGCAUUUCUCGGCCCUCAUUCCGCCCGAGCCGAGUUCGUGUGUGUCUCAUCCGGGAGCUGCGGCCUCGUCCUCCACCGACGAUGUGAAGGCCUGUUUCCUGCCUCUGAUGACUUACGAUCGUAAAGUGCUGCCGGUCCAUUUUCUGAAUGAGUCCGAAUUGGGCAAGGAGGAAAUGAUUCUCAGACAAUGGUUGGACGUGGCUGUCACGGACUCGGGGCUUUGGGUGGCUCAGCAGAAGAUAGCCAAACCGCCUCUUUUGGUGGCACAAAUGACCGAAGAGUGGCUCAACCAUUACCGAAAGAUUGCGCAAAGCUCCAUCGCUCCGUUAUACAACCCGCGGUCCAGUGGUAAUAUGAACGGUUCCACAGGAGUAGGACCAAACAACGCCAGUCCAAGCUUCUGCCUCACUUCGCCCAAUCACGCCACUUCCAACCUCAACAAUCCCUCGCCAGCCUCUCAGGGCUCCAAUGCCAACAUGGGGUCCACCGUUUCCAGUUCGGGCUCUUCGUCCGCCGCCUUGAACAAUAAUCAUAACAAUAACAACCACGGUGGCUUGAGUGGUGGACCGACCUCGUUGGGAGUGGGCGGAGGAGUGUGCGGUGGUGGAGGCGGAUACUCCAGUGAGGGAGAAUCUGACGAGGAGUGAUAGCCGAACCUCAUCGCUUGGCUUACCGGCCUUUUACGUUUGUCUGAUUGCAUUCAUCAUCAUAGUCAGGCUCGCUGACAAUCACAGCUCGUCAUCAACGCUUUAGGUUGUCUGUGGAGCAGGUGAAUGGAGAGAGGAACAGAAGGCCUUUGUUUGAAUGAUUAUGGAGUUCCCGUUUGAUAUGAACGAACCGUUGGUUUUAGGACAUCCUCUGCACUCUUUGAACAGAUUCAGCACCCCAAUCAUGUAAAGCCCUAGUUGUUCACCAAACAGAGAAAGAGAGAAAGAGUAUUUUAUGGUCGUAGUUCACACGCCCCUAUUAGUAUAAUUGUGGUUGUCAAAUGGCCAUCCGUUGUCGAGAAAAUUAAAAAGAGAAUAAUUAUUUUUGGCUGGAAUGCCAAUGUGCAGCCCAGUCCCCCCUCCCCCCCAAUAUGUUUCUGAUGUUGUAGUACAUUGAGCGUCAUUCUUUGUUCAAUGUCAACUAACCCUCAUGAUCCGAGAUUCGAUCGGAGAUUGCCAUAACCUUGCACAGUGUAGUAAAAAUCGACCUGGCCCUGCUUUCGCCCUUACGUAUAAUACACCCUUUCAAACCCUCAUAUAUCACGCCAUCAAACACAUCUUUGUAUGUAGAUUCCUUUUCAAAUAUUUGGAAGCAUGGAGUGUCAAGUUUGGGCCGGGAAGAAAUGGCUGAUGGAAAAAUAAUCAUGGCCAAGUAUGCGGUGUAAUGAUAAUAAUUGCCUGCUGGUACGGAACAACAGUAUAUCGUCGUUGUCGCUCUUUUGUCGGUUGGUUUUUUUGUCAACCCUAAUGGAAAGCAACCCGAAGAAUGAAACGAAGUGGAAUAUGGUUUAUUUUCAACAUUGUGAAAGGAGCUUUGAAAUCAGAGAUUUACAAAAUACACAGUUCUACUUCAA